AUGAAUCUUGAUGCCGGUUUAAACGUUCCGAGGGUUGAUGUCUGGGCUCUGGAGUACUGGUGUGAGGGACUUCGCCGCCGUGAUACUAGAUUCUCACUUGGGACCCCCGACUCGCUCCAGCAUCGUCUCGAAUUUCGCAAACUGGAGUCCUCCGACACCCCACCGCCUCUAACAUACUCUCCCCUUGCCACUGAACGGGGUCGAGAGUCAACCGCCGAUAACACUCCUGUGUCGACGCCAACAUAUUCCUCGACAUCCUGCCCUCCUCCGAGGCAUCGUAAGAUCUUCGGCAAGCCGAAGAACCGAGAUCUUGCUUCGUGGCAUCGCAAGGUUGGUGCCGAGGCCGCGGGCGGUCCGUCCACCUCGAGCCCGUUUCUCGAGUCCGAACCCCUCUUCGACCAUCCUGGAGCCAGCACCUUCCCGCUGUUCGCAGCCGACGACGACGAGGCACAGCUUGCGCCAGAGUCCGGCAACGCCAUGACCAGUUCGAGCUCUCCGAUCGACAUCGCAACCCCUCAGCGAGUCAGUUCGACAAGUCCGCGAAAUCACACUUCGAACCUUACGUCGGCGCUGCGGCAAGAGGCGAACGCCGGCAUGUCGCAACCCAGGCAGAUCCGACCGAAUGAGCGGACGGGGGCGGAACAUGGCAUGAACAUGUUCGGGCGGCAAGAUUCGAUAGGAAAUGGCACGGGUCUUCUGCAAGAUUAUUACCUCGGAGCACGUCCAAUCUCAGUCGCGGAACGAAAUCGUCGAGAAAGCGCUGUAGGGAGUUUAGGGAAUGGAAUGAGCUGGGGCGGCAUAUCGGUCGGAAGUUAUAUUCCCAAUGAUACCAUGAUGGCCGGAACAUCGCCAUUCGGAAUGUUUCAAUCACCCUCAUCCUUCCAUCACUCCUCGUCGUAUCUACCGAAAGUCGAAGCGACCAUGUUGCGGAACUACACAUGCUGCGAUAUCCCCAUCGAUUCGUUGCAUGAUCUCCUCCAGCACUAUGAAGAGCAUCACUCCAAUCAAUCGGAUCUUAUCACGUCACGACCUUCGCAAUCGGGUCAAGGAGGGUUCGGUCCUGGGCCUUCUCGGUUAGCGAUGCAAUCUGGAGGUAUGACUGGUCACCGGCAACCAUCGCUUCAGGGUUAUAAUCAAUCUCAAUUUGAUGCACGAUCCCAAGCGCCUUACACCGGGACUCCACUAUCUCCGGUUCAAGAUCGAGAUCCGCUAGAAGAGAUGGAUUUCGAUGAUGCUGGAGCACCUGUCACCCCGAUGCAGCAGCACUUCAAUGUCUCAGAUCUCCGGCAACCUAGGGUGAACAUGAACAACUCUCAGCAAUUCCACCCUGGACUUCGAACGACCAGUCCUACGAUCCCUGCGGGUGUGCAAGCCUUUUCAAAUCUACAGAAUAACCCGACCGUGUCUUCGGUAAAUACUCCUACCCUUGGUACCAGGUCAGCGCAGCAGCCUCAGUCGCCCGAUUAUUCGAACGCUCCGUCCGGCGAUCAAUCGACUCAAAGCGCCAUGGGCACCGACUACGACAUUGGUAACUUCAAUAUGAGCGGCUUUGGUGACUCGCAAUCGAACGAUAGCGGUACUGUAGAUUGGGGAAACAUGAACGUCAACAACAUGAACAUUGGAGGUGGGAUGUCAGGCUUAACCAUCGAUGAGCCGGCGAGGAACCUCAAUGCGCUCGAAGGCAUGACACCCCAGCAAAUGCAGCAGGCACUGGCAAUGCAAUAUGGAAUCCAGAAUCAGCAUAUGAUGGCUGGCGGAGGACGAAACUUUACCACUGCUCCAUCAGGACUGCAGAUUCCAGAGAAGGAUCCUAAGCCGUUCAAAUGCCCGGUGAUCGGGUGUGAGAAGACUUACAAGAACCAGAACGGGUUAAAAUAUCACAAACAGCACGGCCAUCAAAACCAGCAACUCAGGAAGAACGAGGACGGCACCUACUCCAUCGUCGAUCCCGAAACCUCGAUCCCAUACCCAGGCACGCUCGGAAUGGAGAAGGAGAAACCAUACCGGUGCCAGAUUUGCGGGAAGCGAUAUAAGAAUCUCAACGGCCUCAAAUACCAUAAACAGCAUCAACCCGGCUGCAAUCCGGACCUGCAACCGCAGAUCAACGGCCCGACAAACAACAACAACAAUAGCAACGGCCCGUCAAUAGCGGGAGGAGGCAACAUGGGCUCGAAUCCAGUGAUGCCAAUGGGCGUGUCCGGGAUGGGCAGCAUGGAUUUUGGGAAUUUGGAGGCGCUGUCCUCCGGUAUGGGAGACCCGAGAAUGUUCAUGCCUGCGGAAUACCCAGCCGGCAUGUAG